AUGGCUGUUCUACGAGUAAGAUUCACUAAAACCCAGAGGGACAGGCUUGCCCAGGUGCUAUGGUUGCUGAACUGGAUCUCGGUGGUGACGGGCCUCAUCCUAUUCAGUCUGGGCCUUUUCCUAAAAGUGGAGAUCAACAAGAGGAGGGAGGUAAUGGCUAGGCAGGAAGUUCAUUCUGUACCAGAUAUGCUAAUUGCAGUGGGGCUGAUAGCUUGUGUGAUAAAUUUUGUUGGAGGAAAGAUCUGCUAUGACUGUGUAGACACCAACAGGUUCUUGCGCUGGAAGCUUGUGAUGCUCCCUUAUAUAAUUUGCACAUUCUUCUUCACCCUAUGUGUGCUGGUCGGUGCAAUAAUGUGCUACACCAUGCAUGAGGAACUGAAGGAAUCCCUAGCACACGGCCUAAAAGAUGCUAUACGCUACUAUAAAGAUACAGACACACCAGGCCGUUGCUUCCUUAAAAGCACUGUUGACCUGCUGCAGCUCCAGUUUCAGUGUUGCGGUAAUGCAGGCCACAGGGACUGGUUCCAGAUUCAGUGGAUCAGCACUCGCUACCUCGACAUGUCCAAGCGGGAAGUGGUGGACCGUUUACACAGCAAUGUGGAAGGAAAGUACUUGGUUGAUGGGGUACCUUUCAGCUGCUGUAACUUCAACUCACCUCGACCAUGCAUUCAGUAUCAAAUCACCAACAACUCAGCCCACUUUAACUACAACUACCAGACAGAGGAGCUCAACUUAUGGAGUAAAGGCUGUCACCAAGCUUUGGUGGAAUAUUUCACCUACAUAAUGCACUCAAUCGGCCUUAUUGUCCUUCUCAUCUGGCUAUUUGAGCUCUCUGUACUCACUGGUGUCCGGUACUUGCAAACAGCCCUGGAAAAUGUGCUGCUUCAAGGAGACCCCGAGUCUGAAUCAGAAGGAUGGCUGCUGAAGAACAGCUUUGCAGAAACUGCACGCUCUAGCUUCAACAUCAUAAAAAACCUGGGCAAGUGCAAUCAAAUUGAGGCUGAAAAUGGGGACCCCAAUGUAAACAGGCCAUCCAUAGCACACUACGGUCCUGAUAACGUUCCUACAAAGCAAAUACCUGUGGUCAGUUAACCUUAUCCCUGUGCAUUUGUCCAAACUAUCACUAUCAGCCUGAACAGCUUGUUUUCUCCAUUCUUAUACUAGUCCAAUGAAACAAGAAAAUGAUUUUAACCCUCUGACUGGACUGGACAGUGUGCAAACUGGACAGCACAGAUAUUUUAAUUCUAUUCAGUGCAUAACAGGUGAGCAGAGAGCUUAGCACUCACACCAGUGAUACAGGAACAUGGCUAAAGAGGAGCUAUACAUAAUGACUCCAGAACAUCUUACUGAAGAAACUCACUUUUCAAAUAAGCAUAAGCAAGUUAUCAUGAGACUUGAUGCUACAUAAAGUCUUAAAUUCACUCUGAUCACACUUCAGUCUUACUGUUAACUGAGUGAUUCUGAGAAUGCCUUCUGCAGCAUGAUUUUUUCCUUCUCAUUUUAAUGUUGUUUCUAAUGUUGCUUUAGAUUUUAGAUGCUGCUUUCAUAGUGUUAUAAUUCACGAACAAGAUAGAUGCACCAUGCGACAGUGUGAAUUCAACAUUAUUGAUUAAUUAGAACAGCAGAAUUAAUUGUAUUUAAUCUCAAAUGUGUGCCUUCACCUCAGUGCUGAACUAGGAAAGCUGGUGUGAAACUACCUCCAAAGCCUCUUUUUAAUACCCAAGUUUAAAUACUACAACACUGAAUGAAAUAUACUGCACUACUUGAAGGCUUUAAAAUGCUUUUAUUUAUUUAUUUAUUUUUUAAUUAAAGUGACUGAAGCUAAGGGGCACUUACCUUAAUUGGUUUCGGUGGCAGAAAUUAGA